CCGAAAGAAAACAAAAACCAAACUACAGAAACAAAAAUAAAUAAAAAAAAAACAAAGAAAAAACAUAUCUUAUAAAAUGUAAAAUAAAAUUAAUUAAAAAAUAAUUGGAAAAAGAAACUUCUGAUUUUGUUUCUUUUCUUGUUGGCAAAUCUCUCGAUCUUCUCUCUCUCAGAGUUCGCCAUUGCACUCAAGGGGCUUUUUUUUUAAAUUUUCAGGGGCUGCUGCUGGCGUGGAAUUGAGCAAAAAUGGAAGGCGUACUCUGGUGUCUCAUGUCUGUUGUUUGAUGUUUGUUAUUGAUUGUGUUUUUAGAGACUCUAAAUUUAGGGUUUUAGGUGUUGAACAUAUAUGUGUAUGUAUAUAGACUUUGUAUGUGGUUUGCUGAUUGAAUUAGAUAUGUUUUAAGAAAUUGUUUUUGUUAUUCAAAAGAAUAAAAUAUAUAUUGGAGAAGAGGUAAAGAGAGAAGGAUACAAUUUUAGAUGGGUAAUAAGCUGGGAAGGAGACGACAAGUCGUUGACGAGAGGUAUACCAGGCCACAAGGCCUUUAUGUUCAUAAAGAUGUGGACCAUAAGAAGCUAAGGAAGCUCAUUCUUGAAUCCAAGCUCGCACCAUGUUAUCCUGGCGAUGAUGAGUUUGGCAAUGAUCAUGAAGAAUGCCCUAUUUGCUUCUUGUAUUAUCCAAGUCUUAAUCGAUCACGGUGUUGCAUGAAGGGCAUUUGUACAGAGUGUUUCUUGCAGAUGAAAAAUCCUAAUUCUACACGUCCUACUCAAUGUCCUUUUUGCAAAACCACAAAUUACGCUGUGGAGUAUCGAGGUGUGAAAACAAAGGAGGAAAAGGGCAUGGAGCAAAUUGAAGAACAACGUGUUAUAGAAGCAAAAAUUAGGAUGAGGCAGCAGGAACUUCAGGAUGAAGAAGAGAGGAUGCAGAAAAGACUUGAAUUAAGUUCUUCAAGUUCUAGUAUUGCACCAGGGGAGGUUGAGUGUGGCUCUGCCGCUGUUCAAUCUUUUAGGUCUCCUUUGGAAGCUGAGGGAAGCAUUCCUUCUCAAUUCUCAAUCAGACACCCUCCACAUUAUAGGGCGAACAGGGAUGAUGAAUUUGACCUAGAUCUUGAAGACAUUAUGGUCAUGGAGGCUAUUUGGCUUUCUAUUCAGGAGAAUGGCAGACAGAAAAACCCAAUUUAUACUGAUGCUGCUUCAUCUGAAAAUUAUGCUGUACAAGGUCAUUAUGCCUUGCAAGCAAUGCCUCCGGUGACUGAAUCAUCAUCAUCUCCUUCUGGGGGUCUUGCUUGUGCAAUAGCUGCUCUUGCUGAGCGUCAACAGACGGGCGGGGAAUCCUUUGCUCAUAAUAAUGAAAACGUUGCAGCAUGUAACAUGCUUCCAGGCGGUAGCAGCUUUUACAACAGGAUGGAUCAGGAUGCAGAGAAUUACUCCCCAGCACAAGGCUCUAACAAUAUGUUAUCAGAUUGCAGAAUGGCAAGAGAUGAUGUGCAAUGGGUUGCUGAUCGAGGAUCAGAUGCUGCUGAAGCGGGGACUAGUUAUGCAAGCUCUGAAACAACAGAAGAUAGUGACGGAAUUUCUGUUGUAUUACCACCGCCACCACCGCCGCCGCCUGAUGAAAUAGUGGGGAGUGACUCUGGAAUGAUUGUUCCUGAGAGUUUUGAGGAGCAGAUGAUGCUGGCCAUGGCUGUUUCUCUUGCUGAGGCUCAAGCUAUGACAGGUGGAGCAGGAAGCGCAUGGCAAUAGUUUUCAGGGGUAGGGUACAAAAUUCAAACAAAUGAUGCCAGUUACGCUUUUCAGCUAGCUGGGUAUUGAGCUAGGAUGAUUGCACAAUGUGCUGCAGACAACUAGCUCAGUGGUCAAGGUAGUGACAAUUCUCCCUCCUUUGCACUCUAUCACUAUAUAUAUUUUGUUAAAGGAAAAUGGGUUGUCUUAGUGAAUGAAAGGUUGUUUGACAUUCAUAAUAACUUGGAUUCUUUCUUUCAAAGUUAUAAUAUAUAUAUAUUUUUUU